AUGCAGAUCACCAUAAUCUGCAGUAUUAACAAUAAUCUGAAGCCAACAUUCAAGGUGAACUGGGCUGAAGAGCUGGUUAUUAAAUUGGACAGUGCCCGGAAUUUCACGAGAGAACUAGACGAAUUAAAAUACCGGCUGGUCAAAAUGAUAAUAUCGCUGCGGCGGGUCACCUUGUCAAAUACUCAAAUGUGUAUAGACACUGUCCAGGACGCCUGCCAACGGUGAUCGCAGGGUGGUCGACGCCAUUAUCGAUGUGAGCAGAUAAUACGUGGCCAGACCACAGACGUUUCGGAAAAAAAGAAACUUGAGAGCAAAAAUCCCGGUGACUUUUUGCAAGCACUAUCACAGUGGCUGAUAGAUUAUGAUAUGGCGAAGAGGAUUCCGAACGUUUAUAAAGUUGGUCCACAAGACGCAGAUAACAACAUCGAAGAAGUAAUCGCCGUAAAAGAACGCGCUUACGGAUAUGCCUUGGAAAUACAGGCGAUGCACUUAUCAAAGACCGUCAGACUCAAUAGCCCUCAAUAUGCACACCGACUCGACAGCCAAGUUGAAGCAGCCUACGCCAUUAGUCGUUUACGCCAAGAAUGCAGCCGUGAGAGCCCAGUAAUUUAUCGAGAAUAUGGACAUCUCCGUUGCCGGAAUGUUUGUGUAUUACCAUGGUUUACAAAUUAA